AUGUUGCCUUUAAUAUACUCUCGGGAUAGGUCAAUGAAUCCAAUGCCAUAUAAUACGAUUGCUUGUGAAACAGAGUAUUGCGUAAGACAAAAUAUACGAUCAGUAAGAGAAGAAUUUGGUAAUACUCGUCGUUUGAAAAUACCCUAUCCCUGUGAAAUUGAUCCUAUACAAGCGUAUAAGGAUUUAUUGGCGCAACAAAAAGAUAUGGGAACUACUUGUCAAAAUUUUAACAACAUUGUUACAGUGAAAGACGAAAAACUUUCUGUACCGUCCCAUGCUCCCUUUACAUGUGAAAGUAAAACCAACCUAACAGACAAUCUAUCACAACAUGGAAAUUUCGCAACAUAUGAAACGCCAGUGAGACAAAAUCGACAACUUUUAACAAAUGACUCCAAUAGUACUUAUGACAAUGUGAAAGUAUUACGAUAUCCAGUGCGCUCUACUAAGAAUAACACUUCCGUCUAUGUUGCAGAGCCAAACAAAAACAAUGCUGCAGUUAAUGGAAUAAAUUUUUCUAAAACCAGGGUACCAAGUAUAAAUGAAAGCCAUUAUGCUGAGGAAAACCCAAGUUACUCCACUUAUUUGAAUAGAGCUCCUUAUGACAACGAUGGGGUAGAGUCGUAUUUAAAGCAUAUCAAUCAGACCCCCGUUCAAAUGGAAACACAAUACCAUAACAAGGGGAUAGUGAACAAUAUAGACUAUAAAUGUUUAAGUCCGUUAGAACGAGAGAGUAUUCUUUAUAAAAUCCAUUCGCCUAUGCAAAGAGAAUAUUUAGGAAAUAGUGGUGUGUAUCCUGUGAAGGAGUACUCGAGUGUAUUUGAAGCCAAUCCCAGAUCUAGACCAGUCGUGAAACGUGAUGAACAAUCGCAAAUGCAUGAAAAUCUUAUUAAGCAAAAUAAUGGUAAAAAAGUAACUAUAAUUGAAAAACCAACGCAUGUGUUCCACUUUAAUCCUCAAAAAAGUUCGUGUGAGGACAAUAUGGAUGUCGAAUGUGAACAAGCUUCUCAAGCAUUUAAUACAGAUAAAGAAAAUGUUACGUCACCAGGAGUUUUCGAAAAUAUUGCUACUUUUGCUCGUGUUUUAGUAGACGUAACGAAAACAAAGGUUAUUAAAGCUUUCGGUCCAUCCGAACAAAACAUUAGCGGGGUGACUCAUAGCGAAAAAAGUUAUAAAGGAUUAAAAUCGAACUCCAAUAAGCUUCGUGUUUAUUCCAAAUAUCCAUAUGGAAAAACAUCUCGAGCUUCAAAUUUGUCUAGCAUAAACUCCAACUGUACCAGCGAAGUAAGAAAGUCUUGCUUGAAAAACAGAAAACCAGAGAGUCAACAAACUCAAAUUUCAAACAAAUUCUAUGACACAAAAGGUGAAAAUCAAGAUACUCAAGCCUCUUAUAAUGAGUAUUAUGCAAAUUGUAACCAACAAAAUUCCGAAUAUAAUGCAUACACACCACCAGCUCCUCUUCAUUGUCGAAAUCAACCAAAACAGCCUUAUAUGUCUGUGAAUGAAAAUUUCACAAAUAGUAUUAAUAAUUCAAAUACGAAUCAAAGCAAAUUGGAUUAUAAUUUAUCUUCUUUAGAAGAAAAUGUAGUCCAGUUUUUCUCAUCGGAUGAAUCAUUAAAAUUUGAAAGAAGGGAAGCGUCUAUUUUUCAUAGCCCUAGUCGAUCAAAUAAAAAUGAGACGCAUUAUAACAACAUUCCACGAAAAAUUGCUUAUGAGACAGUCUCUAUUCCCACUACUCAGUACAGUUUGCUUCACGAAACUAAUCCCUCGCAAGGCUUUGCCUCCAAUGAAAAGAAUAAGCCUAAAUUUUAUGAUGUGCUUUACAAUAAAAUAAACGAUCAAGGAACUACAAACCAACCUCAAGAGAAUUAUGAUGUAAUAGAAGACAAACCCCUGUUGCAUAAUGGGUUUAGAGUCUCUAACAAAAAUCCAAAACAAGAUCAAACUCAUUUUACGGAACUUAUAAAUCCGAACGCUGAUUCCUUACAUUAUUUGCUUUCAAGCAAAAAACUAACAGAAAAAGAGAAAAACAUCACUUUAUGUCGUGAUUCCUCCGGAUUAGAUCAAACUACACUAAAAACAGAUUUUACUCUUCCAAAGUCCCCUUCAAAAAGCUGUGAUGUCACCAAAACUUUAAUGCCUACCAUUGAUCCUGGAUUACAAGUUUUCUUAAAUGAUAAAAUGGAUUUGAUACAGAAAACAACUUUUGCAGCGACACCGAAGCUAAAACCAACUGAUAAUGUUUCACAUUCAAAUAAUAGAAUGUUAAAACGAUCUCCAGAGAUGAAAUCUCAAUUGAAACACCGUAACAAUGACUCCAAAAGCAGUCGCACAAAAGCUGAGCACAUAUUUUACAAACAUAGUUCUUCGACGAUAAAGAUCCCAGAUGUUAACAAAAAAGUUCAUAGUGUUCCGAAACGACAUACUUUGAACACAUCGAAACCUUCUGACAUUAUAAAAUUAACUGAUUCAAGUACUGGAAUAAAAAAAACAAUGGCUGUGCAUCCCUUUUCUCAAGGAAGCAAGAAUGCAAGUCCCAAUAAAGCACAGCGUACCAAAAAUGCAAUGUGUGUAAGUAAUAGUACAAAUAAAAUUAAUAGCAAAAGAAUGAGUCCCGCCCACGAGUCACAUGAACUCACCAAAGGAAAUGUCUCUAGUACUAGUACAAUUAUUUGUUUCAACGAAAGUAAAAAAUCAAACUCGACAUAUUUUCAAGCAAAUUCAAAAGUUUCUUUAAAUAAUUCUAGUAAAAUAAAAAAUAAUGGAAAUAUUGAUAAUGUGAACUCCGUUGUCUCUGUACACGUUGGGUUGGACCAAGACUCUAUAAAAAGGCAUUGCUCAACCACUUCUUUGCAAAAGCAUGAUAAUGCGUCUACAUGUAAAAAAACUUUGAAUGUGUGUAAUGAUAACUAUACGGAUUUAACAACUUCGACAAAGCCACAGGGAAUCGCAAAAUUUGACACUGAUACAAAGGAUAUGCACAAAGAUCUUAAAAACGAUUAUAGUAAUGACAGGAAAACCGUAAACCGAAGUAUAGAUUCAGACGGCAUACGCGGUUCGCAUUCUAAAAAGACAGCACCUCCUUUACGUAAUUGUACAAACUCGUAUCCAACGACUUUUUCUAGUUCUACAAUGACGCAAAGCAGUGGUCAACCCACAAUCUCCAACAAAAAUAAAGAAUCUUUUAAUGGUUCGUUAACAAAACUACUUCCAAAGUCGAAUUCUUUUAACGCGACUCGAUCACCUAUAUUAAAGAAAAAAUCAACUAAUAAAAAUCUAAUACAAACCGUAGAUUCCAUUCCACUAAAAACUAGUGUUGAAGAUGAUUGCCUAUUGUGCAAAAAUCCAGCAUUCGCAGAAGUUGGCUCUAUUAAUGAAAAUAGUUUUUCUCCAAAAAACACAACUCCUAAAAAACUUUUGCCUUAUAUAGCUUGUUCACCUAACAAUAACUGUACUCGAAACUCCCCUACACAUAUUAGAAAACAAGACAAGUUGAAUGACACUUCAAGGGCAGCUGAUUUAACGUGGAAUCAUUUCCAAAGUGAAAAAGCGAUGACAACGCCUUCCAGUUCCCCGCAACAACUACAGCGUGCGUGUUUAAAAAAGCAAAAUAACGCUGGCGAGGAAUUCAAUAAUCAUAGUACUCAAAAUAAAAAAGAAAAUCCGCUAGUUUUUGAAACAAAUUUAGACAACAUAAACAGAACAGUACCUGUUUUAACUCCUUCGUCGUUAUCAAUGACAAGACAGUCCUUGUUAAUUAAUCGUCAACAAACUAGUCCUCAACAUGAUCAGUGGGUUGAUAGUGAUGACGUUAUUUCACAUGAAAAUAAUGUAUCAUGGUAUGAUGAGAAGCUGAACGAUUAUAAGAAGUUUUCUAACGGCACUGAAGGGAAAUCUUUAAAAAAAUCUCCAUCAUCAACACAGGGGACUUUGGUAACGUUCAAAGAAACGCCAGAAGACCACACAGUUAAUUUCUCUUACGCACCGUCGCCAUUUUCAAAUGACAUAUUAACCAGGGAUAGAGAGGAAGAAUUCCGACUAGGAACAUCACAGGGGACUGGGUUAGAUCAUCAAAUUCCUUCCACUAUUUGCAUUUAUGGCAGCAUGCUGAGUCCGCACGAUAAAUUGCCUCCAAAGACGAGUUUUUUGUCGCGGGACGAGAGAAUAAACAAUUUUUUACUGAACGUCAAACAGGUUGUGGAAGAAGCUAAGGAAUUAAAAAUGCCAGAGGUAGCUGACCUUUUAGAACAGCUCGACGUCGCGGUAACAACAUUGAAGACAAAAACAUACGUUCACGACGCAUCAGAAUAUGCAAAAUACGCUCUUAACGCCAUUCAACAAGUGAAAAAGCCCUUGAAUUCUUUCAGUAGCAGUGAAUCGAUGACUUGCACAACACUACCAAGUGACACGUGGAUGUAUACCGAUCAAAAUCAAUCGUUUCAUCCGGUAGCGGGUCUCCGUGGAAAAAAAACGCCUUUACAAAGGUUUUUGGAAACGGGUGAAUUACAGUUAAAAAGUCCACAAAUAAAUACUACACCAAAUAGUAUCAAUAAAACAAAUCCUUUUACCUCUAGCAUUCCUCCAUUAAUAAAUAGUAAUUUUUUUUUUGAAACUGGCAAAGAAAUUGUUCCAAAUAGAAAAAAAGACAGAUCUUUCAUUCAACCAAUUGUAUCAACAUCCAUCUGCCAAUUUUUUUUGGACAAAUUCGCAAAGGAAAGCAUACCCCUUGACAAUGUUAAAUUACUGUCAAAAACGUUAGAAGCUGUUCCCAUUCAAUUGGUUUUAAAAGAAAGUAGAUUUCCUUACGCAGUUAUUCAGGAUACUCCUGUUGCAAUGAUAUGUCUUGGUGUUUUUGAAAGUCAGAUUGUCGCAUUACAAGUACCAAAAAUUAAAGACCCUGAAACCAGUCAAAUAGAUCUUCUUUAUAAAUUUUUACACGAAUGGGAUAUUUUAAGACAUUGCGAUCACCCAUAUCUUUUAAAAUUCCUGGGAGGCAUUCGUGUAUCACCAGAACAAGUUUGGCUCGUAAUGGACCGAUUUGAAGGAAUCGACUAUCGCACAAUUCAAUUAUCCAAGAAUAACCAAUUCACCUUACGUCAACGAGUGACUAUGUGCUUUCAACUGGCUUCUGUCCUUGAGUAUUUACAUACUCCGGACUCUAGAACAGGGAAAAAAAUUGUAGUUCAUCGAAACAUUUCGCCUGAAAAUAUUUUAGUAAAUUCUGAAGAUAUGUCUAUUCGUCUUUGUGGUUUCACAUAUGCUCGAGAAUCAUCAACUGACGAAGUUGAGUGUAUCGAUGAUGCUUCAUGGUUGUACGCAGCUCCAGAAUUCCUAUAUAGAACCGCUUUGGAUACAGACACUAUAGAAUUACCCGAUAUACCUCAGUGGGUAACAAAUAUGUUUGCUGAACAACCAAUAACGUCAAAGCUGGACAUUUGGUCGGCUGGCUGCGUCUUUCAAGAAAUUUUAUGUGGCCCCAAUCCUUUAAAACAUAUAACAGGUGAAGAAGCACUUUCGUCAAGAAUAUUCCUUAGGCUCUCCAUAGCUCUUACUUCAGAGACAUUCAUACCUCAAAUUUACUCCCACGUUCCAUUUCAAUGUCAAGAGCUCAUUGCAUCUUGCCUACAGAUGGAUCCUAGAAAAAGACCAUCAGCCUCCAUGGUAGUUCAACGUUGGAAAAACAUUCUAAGCUCUUUAGUGGAUCAUCAAUAGUGCUAAAACAAUAGACAAAACACCAUCUGUUUUUUGGCUGACAUCUACGCAAACUAUACUAUGUCGUGAGACAACAUUUUCACAUAAUUGACCUCGAUCAUUAAAAGAAACACCAUAAAACAUUAAAACUAAUACUUUAGCCAUCAAAAUUUUGAAUUAUACUGUUCUGGGAAGCUUGAGUUUCAAAAGUGCACCAAUGCCAAAUUUAAUGAGGUUGCAUCAUAUAAACAAAUCUUACUAACGUUAAAUUUCUUACAUAAAUUUACCCCCUUUUUCUCAAAUUUCUCCCAAAGUCAUUCAGAAAUUGGAUUUUACAAAACCUUUAAAGCUUUUUUUUUUUCAAAACGGAUUCAAAAAAAAUUCAAAUUUCUUUUUCUUAAUUUAUUUGUAAACAUUCGUAAUGGAGCUUUAAUCUUAGUUAUUUUAGUUUGGACUCUUAACAAACUAAUUUUGUAUUUGAUACUAAAACAUCUUUUAACCAGGAAUUAAUUUAAAUUCUUGCAUAUAGAUACCUAUUAGAAAAAAACAUAAUUGUUAUAACAGGGUGUUCUACCAAAAAACUUGUCUAAAUUAUUAGCCGAAUUCGUCUUACCAAAAAAUUUGUAUAAAUUGUUACUUAAAUUUGUUUUACCAAAAAUAUUCAUUUUAACUGUUACCCGAAUAUGUUUUGCCAAAAAAAUUCAUCUUAAUUGUUACCCGAAGUCGUUUUACCAAAAAAUUUGUAUAAAUUGUUACUCAAAUUUGUUUUACCAAAAAAAUUCAUCUUAAUUGUUACCCGAAUAUGUUUUGCCAAAAAAAUUCAUCUUAAUUGUUACCCGAAGGCGUUUUACCAAAAAAAUGUCUAAAUUGUUACUCGAAGUUGUUUUACCAAAAAAAUUCAUCUUAAUUGUUACCCGAAUUCGUUUUACCAAAAAAAUUUGUAUAAAUUGUUACUCAAAUUUGUUUUACCAAAAAAAUUCAUCUUACUUGUUACCCGAAUAUGCUUUACCAAAAAAAUUCAUCUUAAUUAUUACCCGAAUUCGUUUUACCAAAAAAUUUGUAUAAAUUGUUACCCGAGUAUGUUUUGCUAAAAAAAUUUAUCUCAAUUGUUACCCGAAUUCGUCGUACCACAAAAUUUAUCUGAAUCGUUACCCGAAUAUGUUUUGCCAAGAGACGAAUUUAAACUGUUAUCCAAAUAUGUUUUACUGUAGAAUAAGUCUGAAUUGUUAACGAAAUUUCUUUUAACAAUAAUAGUUUAACUUAUAAGCUUAAAAUUUUUAAUUAUUCUACUUGGAGAAGACCUACUUCACCAGUUCUUUUCUAUGUUACAGGUGAAAACUCAUGUUUGUAGGUGUUUUUUAAGAGUUAUGAGGACAAAGUUUAGAUUAAAAGGAAGGGACUGAGUCAUUAUGCUUGAGUAAUUAGUAAAGCCAUUUUUUCGUAAAUAUAAGAUUAUAUCGUUUUUUCAAAAUGUUUAUUAAUAAUUAACCAAUCGUGAUUUUCGCAGAAGCCUUUUUUUAGUAUAUUAUAAAGAAAGGAUAUGGUGUAGUACAAAACUAUACCGUGUCAAGUAGGAAGUCAAUGAUAAGAUAAAAAAGCAUCUUCACCAAUCAUGUUACACCAAAGGGGAAUAGACUUAGUAUUUAAGUUUCUUAUAUAUAGUGACGAUCGGCAUAUUUGGAUUAUCCAAUUUACUUUAAAAAAAACAAACAAUGGGAUUACCAGUUAAGAUAUAUUUUUAAUUAAAGCAUGUGUUAAGGAUACCGAAUUGUUCUCCAUGUUUAAUUUUGUCUCAUAAAAAAAUGCGACGUUUCUUUUAGUUUAGUUUACAGUAAUAUGUUACAUAGUUAUAACCGUUUGUAGCAACAAGCAUAUAUGCGGACCAAAAAUAUGUUUACACAAUUCAGAAUAUGCAAUUAAACGUUUUAAUAUAUUUACUCCAAUUUUCGCCCAUGCAAUUUUCAAAAUGAUGUUAGUGUUAACAAAUUAUAAACAAAUUAAAAUAUUGGCUAUAGAAAAAAAAAAUGUGUUCGUUAUGCAAUUAAAUUUUAUUAAAUGUCAUUCAAUUAGGAAAUUGAUUCACGUUUAUUAAGAGAAAAAAAAUUAUUACUACAUUUAUGCGACUCGCUUAACUCUUUUGACACAACCUUAAUAGUUUUUGGCUCCGGUAAUUUUUUUUUCUUUAAUUAAUUACUUGAUGAACCC